AUGACCAUCGACUUUAAGCAAGAUAUUCUCGCUCCAGUUGCAACCGACUUUGCUGCAAUGGACAAGUUUAUUAAUGAAGGGAUUACCUCAAAAGUUGCUUUAGUGAUGGCCGUCAGUAAACAUGUUGUUGAAGCUGGCGGUAAACGCAUGCGUCCAAUCAUGUGCCUACUUGCAGCAAAAGCAUGUGGUGCAACAGAUCUACAGAUGGACCCUUAUCGCAAACUGGCAGCAAUCAUUGAAAUGUUGCAUACCGCAACAUUGGUACAUGAUGAUGUUGUAGAUGAAUCUGGUUUACGUCGUGGCCGUCCAACUGCAAACGCAACUUGGAACAACCAAACUGCUGUGUUGGUGGGUGAUUUUCUGAUUUCUCGAGCUUUUGAUCUUCUGGUUGAUCUCGACAAUAUGAUCUUGCUCAAAGACUUUUCGACUGGCACUUGUGAAAUUGCCGAAGGUGAAGUGUUACAGCUUCAAGCACAGCAUCAACCCGAAACGACUGAACAAACUUAUUUAGAUAUUAUUCACGGUAAACCCACUUUACCUUUAAUCUCUGCCUUAGCAAAUACUCAGGGUGAAGAGCACGAAAUUAUCCGUAAAAGUAUCGCAACUGGUGGAACAAGCGAUUUAGAUCGUGUGAUUGAAAUUGUUCAGAGCUCAGUCGCCGUGCCACAGAAGAAACUCAAGCUGCGAUUCAAGCUUUGA